CCUUCAAAAUACCAAAUCAAAACUUUCAAUUUCACAUUCAUCUUCUUCGCUUUCUCUUCGAUCAAUCGAAGCCAGAUUCGAUAUUUUUUCACCUCAAGCGGCUUAUUAGCAAUGGGGUUUCGUCUUCCAUCGUCUCUGGCCAAGCAAUUGCUGAGGAGGAGUUCGGGAAAUACAUCCGCCGUGCCGAAAGGUCAUGUCGCCGUCUACGUCGGAGAGUUCCAGAGGAAGCGAUUUGUGAUUCCGAUUUCGUAUUUGAAUCAUCUUUCGUUCCAGCAGCUUCUCAGUCGAGCGGAGGAAGAGUUCGGAUUCGAUCAUCCGGAGGGCGGUUUGACGAUUCCUUGUGGAGAAGAGGCGUUUAUCGAUCUCACUUCUAGAUUGCAAUUGCAAGUCUCUUAAAAGCAUGAAGAGCUAGGGCUGGAUCUCGAUUUUUGCCUUUGGCUUUUCCUUUUUUUUUUUCCUUCUUUUUUCCUUCUCUCUGAAAUCCUUCAGCCAUGGCUGAUUUUUGCAUUCUGACUGAUGUUAGAAUGUUUAUGGAACCCAAUUACGUUGCCUUCGGGUCUGUAAUGAGUGGUGUUGGAACUUGGAAUGGUGAAUUUUCCACCAAAUGGUAUAAUACAUGUAGAACUUUUCUGCAUCA